AUGCACUGGUUGGCGUACAUAAAGCAUCUCAUUUUCUUUCUGGAGAUCGCUAAUGCCUUAAAUUGUAGUGUACCAGCAUUCAACAACCUAACUGUGCAGUCGAAUUUCAAUUUGACUCAAUUUUCGGGCGGCUGGUAUGAAAUCAAAUGGACACCAGGUGAUCCACAUAACGAAUCCGACAUUUGGCGAAAUUUUUAUCAAUCAUUCCAGUUACAAAAUGCAUCUUCGUCUAUUCUUCAAGUAGACGGUCGAGCACGAUUGCUCAAUGCAGACAGUUGUUUUUCCUUUGGUCCUUGGAUUAUCAUUGCUAACAAUAGUGCCAAAAUGAUUCUUCAAAAGAAAAAUCCUAGUAGUCAAAACAUCCUCAAUUGGCCUUAUUAUAUCUUAACAACUGAUUAUAACAAUUAUGCAUUGGCCUAUGCUUGUUCUUCCACUAAUUAUACAAUUUCUAAUUUAUGCGAAAAACCAACUCUAUGGGUAUUUAGUCGAACAACUAUGUUGUCAGACACUCUGAUGGCACCAAUCGAUGAAUACAUAACGAAUACUUUAUGUAUUAACGUAACUACACUUGAAAUAACUCCCCAAGAUGGAAAAAAAUGUUCUUUAUCAUCACAGAUCGGCGUUGAAAAUUUUAUUCUGUUGACAUUUUUAUUUGUAACAUUCAUUGUAAAGACAGAAAGAGAAUUUAUAUAA